AUGAUUCAACCAACGGUAACGGAUGCAAUUGAAACAAAUAUUAUCGAUACAAUAAUAAUACAGAAAACUCCUCCCCCCUCUUUACCAACUUCUCCGUCAAUUCCGGGAAAUAAUUCUUCCGCCUCUAAUGAUCGUAUUCCCAUCAUAAUAAUGGAGAAACGGGAGAAAUUUCCAUGUCCGAUUCACCCCCCCCCCCCACCACACGCUUUUUUGAGAGAUGAUGAGAUUUCGCAACAUUCAAGUAUUAGGAUCGAGCCAGAAUCUGGGUCAAAAGACAAGAGUAUAAUAAUAAACGAGGAUACAAAAUCAACUCCAAGAGGACGUGAAGCUACGAGAGAAGGAGAUAUAAACGAAGAGGAAGAGAAGAAAUCAUUAACGUUGUGA